GGAGAGUGAGCGGCAGGAGCGCUACUUUACACUGCGGGUGUGUGUCCGUGCGCCUGGAGGAGGGGGGUGGGGGGAGGUGGCCUCUCCACAUCCCGGUGAAACACCUUUCCGGGGGAGCUCGGCGGAGCGCGCAUCGGCACCGUGAUGAUGGACGUCCGGCCGCCGCUGCUGCUGCCGCUCCUGGCGCUGCUCGCCAUUGCGGGAGGCGGCCUUGGGGCAGACACAGAGGAGCGCUUGGUGGAGCAUCUCCUAAACCCGGCCCACUACAACAAGCUGAUCCGUCCUGCCACGAACGGCUCCGAGCUGGUUACCGUGCAGCUGAUGGUGUCGCUGGCUCAGCUCAUCAGCGUGCACGAAAGAGAGCAAGUGAUGACUACCAACGUCUGGCUAACACAGGAGUGGCAGGACUACCGGCUGACUUGGGUCCCGGAGGAGUUUGAUGGGAUGCUGAAGGUCAGGCUGCCCUCCAAACACAUCUGGCUGCCUGACGUGGUUCUCUACAACAAUGCCGAUGGGGUGUAUGAGGUUUCCUUCUACUCCAACGCUGUGGUUUCGUACGACGGCAGCAUCUUCUGGUUGCCGCCGGCGAUCUACAAAUCUGCCUGCAAGAUCGAGGUCAAGCACUUCCCGUUCGACCAGCAGAACUGCACGCUUCGCUUCCGCUCCUGGACCUACGACCGAACCGAGAUCGACCUGGUGCUUCGCGCCGACGUGGCCAGCAUGGACGACUUCACGCCCAGCGGCGAAUGGGACAUCAUCGCCCUGCCAGGACGGCGAAACGAGAACCCGGGGGACCCGACUUACGUGGACAUCACGUACGACUUCAUCAUCCGGAGGAAGCCGCUUUUCUACACCAUCAACCUCAUCAUCCCUUGUGUGCUCAUCACCUCGCUCGCCAUCCUGGUGUUCUACCUGCCGUCCGACUGCGGCGAGAAGAUGACGCUGUGCAUCUCGGUGCUGCUGGCGCUCACUGUGUUCCUGCUGCUGAUCUCCAAGAUCGUCCCGCCAACUUCUCUGGACGUCCCUCUGGUGGGAAAGUACCUGAUGUUCACCAUGGUUCUGGUCACGUUCUCCAUCGUCACCAGUGUGUGCGUGCUCAAUGUGCACCACCGUUCGCCCACCACGCACACGAUGCCGCCGUGGGUCAAACUGGUAUUCCUCAACAAGCUCCCCGCUCUGCUCUUCAUGCGCCAGCCGAGGAACAGCUGCGAACGCCAGCGGCUUCGCCAGAGGAGGAGGGCGCAGGAGCAGAAGGAUGGUCAGCGCAGCGGGGAGGCUGGGGCCUUGAUGGUCGGCCUCGGGCUGAGCGGCGCCUCCGGGAACGGAGGGGGAACCUCCACGGCGGUCUUCGGCAAGGAGGACGGUGACCCCUGUACAUGCUAUGUGAACCGGGCGUCCGUUAAACAGUUUGGAGGGGACCUGGGAGGAGCAGGAGGGGGAUCCAUGGAUGGUCUGAACAGGGUGAGGGACGGACGGGAGGGCGGAUCCGGAAACCUGCCGAGGGGAAAGCAGGCGGCAGGAGGUCCGGCUUUGACUCAGGCCCUGCUAGCUCAAGCCUGUCCGGGCUUCGAGGAGGCUGUGGAGGGAGUCCGCUUCAUCGCCAACCACAUGAAGAGUGAGGAUGAUGAUCAGAGUGUGAGCGAGGACUGGAAGUACGUCGCCAUGGUGAUCGACCGCCUCUUCCUGUGGAUCUUCGUGUUCGUGUGCGUCUUCGGCACGAUGGGCAUGUUCAUGCAGCCACUCUUUCAGAACUACACGGCCAAGACCAUCACCAGCUCGCCGGGCUGACCGACCCGCCGCUUCGCUGACAGACAGCUUCCCGACCGACCGACCAACCGAACGGGGGACAAAACGCCGGCGGUCGGUGUGGAGGGGGGAGGCGGCGGGGUCGGCGAUCCAUUUACCUUUAUAGUGAUGUUUUUGCAGCGAAAACAACAAGUUUUUUCUCGUAUGGUGAUGAAGGAAAAACGUUAACCUUGUCCGGAUGCUUCGUGGACUGACUGACUGACCUCCCCUCUUUUUUCUGGUGGAAGGCUUCCUCCCUCCCCCGCGCUCUUCCUCCCGAGUGAGGACCUUAAAUCAAAUCAAAACCCAGCCACUUUCACACACUGACUGCUUACGAACCCCCCCGCCCGCCUUCAACUUACUCACAAAUCUGGACUGAUGUCGGUAUCAGAGAGGCUCAUGUCCAUUUUGUUUUCUCGAAAAACUCCACUACGAACUGAUUCAGUAUAUUUUAUCAUAGCAUAGCAGCUUUACCACAGUAUAGCAUCGAGUAUAUAUUAUUAAGAUUUCUCUAUGUUGUUUGGCUGAUAGAGAGGCUCCGGUGGUGUGUUGUAUGAUUGUAUAGAUAUAACAAGAAUGUGAUAUAAACUGUACCACACAGCCCGCACACCUAAAACACUAAAAAGCAACAGAUUGUGCAGGAAAAAUGAUGUAGAGGACGCUUCUGUAUUAAAAGGAGGAAGGCAGGUUAUUACAUAAAGUCAAAAGGGAUAAAGUAAUAGAUUAUGCAUGGACAGUUUUUUGCUUAGAGUGUUGUGCACCGUAAGUAGAGAGCAGCCCUCUGAGCCAGAGAGCACAGCUGCACCAGAUGAGUCCUGAGAAAUGGAGGAAUCUGAGCCAAGAUGGUGCAGAGACAGACCUUCCCAUGUGUCGAUGUGUUUCAAGUUUAAACAGGGCGAAGAUCAGUUGUUUUUGUGGAAGGGAUGGGGGGAAAUUUACAUGUAAAUUGGCAGAUUAUGUGUAUUAAUACGUGAUUUCACACCUGUUUAUUUUCUGCUCUGAUCUGAUCAGAUCUCACUUUUUUUUUUUGUUCUCUUUGUUUUCUCCUCUCCCUUUCCAUAGCUAUUUCAGCAGUGGAUUCUGUUCAUGUAUGUAAUGUUCGUGUACGUAUGCCCGCAUUACCGCAUCUGUGAGAUACAAUGUUCAGAAGAGCAUAACGUAUGUAUGUUUGUUCCCACCUCUCUCCAGCUCUUAUCUAGUCUUCCAUGGAUGCACAUCUCUGACAAUAACAGCAGAAUGACUGCUCGUUUUUUCCCCUUUUUGUUUUUUUUGGUCUCAUUUUAACAACUGAGCAAAAAGGCCCCCCUUUUUUCCAGGCUACACAGGGGAAGAGGACGAAUUAAAUUUUCAACAAGAGAGAAAGAGGCAAUAAGUUAUGUAGGAUCAUGAGCAGAAAAGACAAAUGGAGAGGGAGGCAGGACAGACGGAGACAAAAGGACUCUUGCGGUGGUAAAACGCCGUCUAAAGCUGUUGAGUUUUUACACAGAUUUGCCUCCUUCGGUGUCUCCAGAGGACAGAAACCCCCGAACAAGUGUGAAAAGCCCAUCAGAGACCUGUGAAAACUGCAUGGCGAUGGAGAAAGUGCUGCUGCUGUUGUCCACUCUUUUCUCUCUCUCUCUGACCUUUACACUCUCCUUCCUUUUCUUCUCACACUUCCUUCGCUCAUUGCGCUUUUCCCCCUUCCAUAAUUCACCAUCUUCCCCUUCCUGCCUCUAAAAUCUGCUCCUGUGCACACCUUAGCCAGUCCAAUAAAGGUUGUAGGUUCAGAUUAAA